GAGGGGCUGGGGAGUUGGGCGCGUUAUAUUCGUUUGCUGUUGGGCUGGUGGCGUUGGCGGCCUGGGGCAGCCGGGAAGCGAGCGGCUAGGAGCCGACCUUCUUGCCAGCCGCGCUGUGACGGCUUCUCGGCUUUGCCUUCCUUGCUGAGGUCCCCGCUGCCAGGCUCCGGCCCCAGGUACGCGGGCCUCUCACUGUUGUGGCCUCUCCCGUUGCGGAGCACAGGCUCCGGACGCGCAGGCUCAGCGGCCAUGGCUCACGGGCCCAGCGGCUCCACGGCAUGUGGGAUCUUCCCGGACCGGGGCAUGAACCCAUGUCCCCUGCAUUGGCAGGCGGACCCUCAACCACUGCGCCACCAGGGAAGCCCUUUUUUCGCCUUCUGAUCAGCAAGAGAGAACUGAUUUCUCACUGAGUUGAUACAGUCUCAGCCAAAAGCAAAGGCUUACAAGGACCUUGUUUUCAUCCUUUCUCACCCGUGAAGUGCUCCAUUCUCGUCCUUCAAGACUCAGGUCACAUACCCUCUGUUCUGUGAAACCUUUGCACCUCUUAAUGAUCUCUUCUGUCUCUGCACUUCAGACAGCACGAUGUUGGGCGAAGAGAAGAUGUCUGUAAGAAAACGGCCGUCGAAGUCCAGUAAACAUGCUGAGGAAAAGGAAGAAGGCCAGAGAGACUGUACAGAGGAGUGCCAAGAGACACCUAGUAACGGUCGGAUUGAUUUAAAACAGCUGAUAGCAAAGAAGAUACAGUUGACAGCAGAGGCAGAGGAAUUGAAGCCCUUUUUUAUGAAGGAAGUUGGCAGUCACUUUGAUGAUUUUGUGACCAAUCUCAUUGAAAAAUCCGCAUCAUUAGACAAUGGUGGUUGUACCCUCACAUCCUUUUCUGUUCUUGAAGGAGAGAACAGCCACAGAGCUAAAGAUCUGAGAGCACCUCCAGAACAUGGAAAGAUUUUUGUUAUAAGGCGAUCUCUCUUAGAUGAGCUGUUUGAGGUGGACCACAUCAGAACGAUAUAUCACAUGUUCAUUGCCCUCCUCAUUCUCUUCAUUCUCAGCACACUUGUAGUAGAUUACAUUGAUGAAGGAAGGCUAGUGCUUGAGUUCAAUCUCAUGUCUUACGCUUUUGGCAAACUUACUGUUGCUAUGUGGACGUGGUGCACCAUGUUCUUAUGUACACUUACAGUUCCCUAUUUCCUGUUUCAACGCUGGGCCAGAGGCUAUCACAGGAGUUCUCAUCCAGUAGUCCAUUCUGUCUUGCAUUGCUUCCUUUUUGUGGUCUUCCAGAUUGGAGUUCUAGGUUUGGGACCACUUUAUGUUGUAUUAGUGUAUACACUACCACCAGCUUCCCGAUUCAUUGUUAUACUCGAACAGAUUCGUUUGGUAAUGAAGGCCCACUCAUUUGUCAGAGAGAAUGUGCCUCGGGUACUCAAUUCAGCCAAGGAGAAAUCAAGCACUGUUCCAGUACCCACAGUCAACCAGUACUUGUACUUCUUAUUUGCUCCUACCCUCAUCUACCGUGACAACUAUCCCAGGACUCCCACUGUAAGAUGGGGUUAUGUGGCUAUGCAGUUUGCACAGGUUUUUGGUUGCUUUUUUUAUGUGUACUACGUCUUUGAAAGGCUCUGCACCCCCUUGUUUCGGAAUAUCAAACAGGAGCCCUUCAGCGCUCGUGUUCUGGUCUUAUGUAUAUUUAACUCCAUCUUGCCAGCUGUGCUGAUACUGUUCCUUAGUUUUUUUGCCUUUUUGCACUGCUGGCUCAAUGCCUUUGCUGAGAUGUUACGCUUUGGUGACAGGAUGUUUUAUAAGGACUGGUGGAACUCCACAUCAUACUCUAACUAUUACAGGACCUGGAAUGUGGUGGUCCAUGACUGGCUAUAUUACUAUGCUUACAAGGACUUUCUCUGGUUUUUCACAAAGAAGUUCAAGUCAGCUGCCAUGUUAGCUGUCUUUGCUGUGUCUGCUGUAGUGCACGAAUAUGCCUUGGCUGUUUGCUUGAACUUUUUCUAUCCAGUGCUUUUCGUGCUCUUCAUGUUCUUUGGAAUGGCUUUCAACUUCAUUGCCAAUGAUAGUCGGAAAAGGCCAAUUUGGAAUGUUCUGAUGUGGACUUCCCUUUUCGCGGGCAAUGGAGUCCUCCUGUGCUUUUAUUCUCAAGAGUGGUAUGCACGUCAACACUGCCCCUUGAAAAAUCCCACAUUUCUGGAUUACAUCCGGCCACGUUCCUGGACUUGUCGUUAUGUGUUUUAGAAGCUUGGACUUUGUUUCCUUCCUUGACUGAAGAUUGGGUAUUCUACCUGAUUUGGGGCCAGCAUCUGUUUCCAGCCGUUACUGAAGUUAUCUGUGUUAUUUGGACCACUCCAGGCUUUACAGAUGGCUCACUCCAUUACUAGGUCACCUGAAGCUGAGCUGUUAGAAGUUUCCUGGAAGCUUGUACACUUUUAAGCAGUUCUUAAUUUUUUCCUUUUUGGGAGAAGGGAGACUUGUAGCUGAUAUAAUGACAGAUUUUUGCUGGGUCAUAUCAGCUUAAACAUCAGAAAUUCUGUUUUGUUUCUUGAUUGCAUCUAAUUUGAGACUAAACAUCAUGCUUUCUUGGCCACUGAAUUAGCCAAAACAUUGAUGAAGAAAUCAUUUAAGUACCCCUGGCUUAGAAAUUUUUUCAUGUGCAUUGUUGGAAUGUAUGCUCAUUAACCAUGCAAUUGGGAAAGAAAAUAAUGUGGAAUGUUUUGCUAUUUCUAGUAAAGAGAAAAUAUCUAUUUUUCCAAAGAUAAUCUUGUUAUAUAUCCUAAUUUGUAUUUUUUUUUUAAAGUUCAGUUCUAUUUUUAUCUUGUUUUUGCUAUACAGUGUAGGUCGUGAUAUCUGUGAAGCAAAAUUAUCCCUUUCACCUUGAAUUCUUGAGUUUGCAUCCAUAAUAUUAUAUAUUGAAGGGGACAGAAGUAGGAAGGGAAAAAGAAGUGGCACAGGACAAAGAAAAAUAUUUCCUCUUUUAAUUUCUAAAGUAAUUUUUAAAAGAACUUGCAGAGUCAAUAAUGUGUUUAAAUUAUUUUAUUGUGGAACUUAUGUGGAAGAUAACUUUUGUUGUUUAAACUUUCAGGUAAUAACUUCUUUGAAGUUAUUUAGAAGUAACCUUUGGUACAGUUAUUUUACCUAAUAAAUACUGACAUGAAUUAUUUUUCAGACUAGUAAGUCUGUUACAUAAGUAUUAAUCACCACCAUUAAUAUUAAAGGGAAUAUUAAAGAUACAGAAGCUGGCUUCUGCAUUUGCUCAAUUAUUAUACUUUUUUUUCAAUUAUUAUACUUCUAAUGGUAGUGUACUUUAGUUGCAAUAAAUUAAUAGGUGAUCAUUUUCAAGAAAAUGUACUUGAUUGUGUGAUGUUCCAUGUUAUCAGAUGCCUAUAGCUAAUACAGUGUGGUGUGUAGGAAUUAUUUUGGUUGUUUGAAUGACACAUGAUUAUGUUGGUAAAGACUGAGCUUUGGAAGGGUUUUUGAAGACCAUGUAGGUUCAACCCAAAGAAGGGAGGCUUAUGAAUUACCCAAAAUUUGAGAAGCAGCCAACUUGAGAAACUAUCUUGGUAUUCUAGCAGCCCUACUGCUAUCCAGAAAGUUUUGAGAAAUCUUUUUCAAAUUGUUUUCAAAAAGUUAGUUUGAAUCUCACAAGAAGGUAAGUAAAGUUUCUUAAUAGUCACAACUUAAUUUAUACCGCAAGGUCUCAGCUAAGUUUCCCAUACCUUUGGUCCAGUUGAGUUUGGGCAAAUCCAACCUCAACAGACAAAAGUGUACCUCAAAGAAGGUUAUUUUUAAAAGGGUAUUCCAGGACUUCCCUCGUGGCGCAGUGGUUAAGACUCCACCUGCCAAUGCAGGGGACACGGGUUCGAGCCCUUGUCCAGGAAGAUCCCACAUGCUGCGGAGCAACUAAGCCCAUGCACCACAACUACUGAGCCUGCUCUCUAGAGCCCAGAGCCACAACUACUGAGUCCGCGUGCCACAACUACUGAAGCCCGUGUGCCACAACUACGCACACCUAGAGCCUGUGCUCCACAACAAGAAAAGCCACCACAGUGAGAAGCCCGCACACCACAACCAAGAGGAGCCCCCGCUUGCCACAACUAGAGAAAGCCCGCACACGGCAACAAAGACCCAAUGCAGCCCAAAAUAAAAUAAUAAAUAAAUAAUUUUUUUAAAAAAAAGAAAAGUAAUGAGUUUAAAAUUUCUUUCCUAUAAAGUAUUAAUGAUAGUAAUCAUUAGUUUGGGUGUGUUAUCUAAGAGAACAACUAAUAUCUCUAACUUUGUCAUAAAUUUGUUAGAAGCUCUUAUUCUCAAUUCUGGGUAGUGAGGAAAAAUGGAGGGGUUUUUUGUUUGUUUUUGGUGGAUUAAUUACUGCAAUUGCCUAGGUAAAGUUGCUUCCUCAUGUUAGAGCUUAAUUAGAAAAUUGAGGCUGCUUUUACCCCUCUCGGUA